AUGUGUGGUGAAUUAACUCAAGAAUCAUCGCCUCACGAAGGCGAUUCUAGUAGUGAAAAUAUCCAUAGAUUUGGAGCUAUGACAGUUAAAAGUGAACCAGAAAAUGGUGUUGGAAGUAGUGGAAUGUUGGAAAGACAGGAUCUAAGUUGUGAACAAAUAUCCGAUGAAGGUCUAAACAAUAUUCAUCGAAAUGGUUAUCACCACCAACAAGAACAACAACAAUUACAACAACAUUAUCCCCCAAAUAAUUGGCAACAAACAUUUCUUCUUCAACAACAAAAUAAUCAACAACAACAACAAUUACUUUCCUCCUCUUUACCAACAUAUUCUUCUUCAACUUCCCCAUCAGCUACUUCUACUAAUUUUGAUAUUUCUUCUUCUGUGCCAUCAACAUAUAUUCCUCAACAACAAUUUUGUCAACAAUACCCACAAGGAAUGGUUAAUCAUUAUCAAAAUUGGUAUUGGUCUGGGGCGGCAGCAGCCGCAGCAGCUGGACAGGGAUGGAUGCAGAUGCAGCAAAAUCAUGGAGGAAAUGAAAUUAUGUGCAGAACAGGACUAUCAAAAACAGAAGAUUCAAAUCGUGAUUAAUUGAUAUUAAAUUGAAUUUGGUAAAGCAAGUACUUGAGAUUUUUUUAAGGGAGGUAGGGUUGUUGGUUCGGAACUGAACCGAAGAACCGAGGAUUUUCGGUUAUGUUCUUUGUUUCGAGUUAUCAAGAAUUUUCCAAAGAACCGACAACCCUAGUGUGAGGUACUACUUCCCAAUAAGAAUUCUCUCAUUUUCUAGCU